AAACUAUUGAAAAGAAUCGACCACCUAAACAUUUAUGAGCUAAAUAUUUUGUCUUGUCAUUUACUUUUUACAACAUUAUUAUAAUACAUGCUUAUUAUUUUCACCUGAUGGAGGAGUUAUCUAGAACUUAGAGAAGAUACAGAUUCUGAACACUAGCCAUGUGGCACAUUUCUGUAAGCAUAGCACUUGUGCAAAGGAAGGAGCCCUCAAGUCUUGACGCCAGAGUGAUCUACACAGUGAGUUCCAGGCUAAGCUGAGUAGUAUAGCAAGACUCUCUCUCAAAUUUACACACACACACACACACACACACACACACAGGUUUAUCUUCCUAAAGCUAACAUAAACAGCCAGUAAGUAAUAGAGUUGAAAUAUCUUUUUAUUAGAAUGUACAUAGUUUUGCUCCACCUGUAUAGAGAUUUCCAUUUGCUAACAUUUGAAUUUAUAGUAAUGGAAAGAAAAGAUGGCAUUUGUUUUUGUUUUUCCUUUUCUGAUUUUUUUCAAAGUGUCGUGUUUUUCUCAAUAUCAGAUAUAGUCCUCAUCUCUAUUGAUUUUGUGUCAUGAGAGCCUUGCCUACCAGAGUUUUAUGAUAUAAUUGAUUUGAUGAGAUGCAUAAAAUAACAUGAAUUAAGUUUGUUUCCUUGGUUUUUGGUUUGUUUUAUAACACAGCUCAAGAAGGCUUUGAAUUUGUGAUUGAGAUGGACAACUUAGAUGAGAUGUCAUAGGAAUAGCGUUGGUUUUGAAUACUCUGGGAUGUUCAUGGGAGACAGUAAUUUGAGGAGCCAUUGAUUUUAAAAAGGAAGAAUUCUGAUAUGAUGAGCUUAUGAAAAGAGAGCCAUAUCUUAAAGUGUUCUAUGAUGUUUUCUGAGCCAGGCAAAAGCUAGCAAACAGUGGAGAAAUAGAAGACAGCAAGGAUAACGGCAAGAAAAAUCUCGUUGGGAAGUCCUCCAACAAGAACAGCGACUAAUGGAAGAGAAAAAUAAACGUAAGAAAGCCCUUUUGGCUCAAGCCAUCGCAGAAAGAUCUAAAAGGACCCAAGCAGAGACCAUGAAGCUGAAGAGGAUCCAGAAGGAGUUACAGGCCUUAGAUGACAUGGUGUCAGCUGACAUUGGAAUCCUCAGGAACAGAAUUGACCAGGCCAGCCUAGAGUAUUCCUAUGCACGGAAGCGGUUUGAUAGGGCUGAAGCUGAAUACAUUACAGCAAAGCUGGAUUUACAGCGCAAAACCGAGACAAAAGAACAGCUAACUGAACACCUCUGCACCAUCAUCCAGCAGAACGAGCUCCGGAAGGCCAAGAAGCUGGAGGAGCUGAUGCAGCAGCUGGACGUGCAGGCUGAUGAGGAGGCUUUGGAACUCGAGGUGGAGGUUGAACAGUUGCUCCGAGAACAGGAAGCAGAGGCAGGCAAACAAGUGGCUCCUGUAGAGAGGCUAUGUCAGCCUGCUGGGGAGGCUGUGUCUUCAGAGAACAAAGAGCCUCAAGAGCAAGCUACUUCUGCCGAGGCAGACAAGCCAGGCAAACUUUCCAGUAGCCCUCCCCUUAGACUAGACUGUCCAGGUCAAGGAACUAAGGACUUUUCAGCUGCUGUGGCCACUUGAGGGGCUGGUGUUUAUUCCAUUAACAUAUCUUAGCGGUAAAUUACAGCCCAUCUCUGAUAAAAAGUUCUUUAAACCUGUUUGUGUUUGAAUCCAUGCCUAGUGUUGGUUAGAUAUCAUGUCUGGUCAUUCCAAAGUCACAGAUUGUGACAGUUUCCUAUCUAGGAGUAUUGACUCCUCGGUGUUCCUUCAUCCUUAUUACUGAGUCAAAGUGAGUGACUCAAAGGUUGGGUGAGCAUGGAUCCCUGGUUUUGAUUCUCAACACUACAAAAAGAGCAGAAUGGUAGAAGAAAAACUACAUGGCUAGUGUUCAGAAAAGCAGAGCGAGAGGGUUCUCAGUACUUGACCAAACUUAACCUGUGAGAAAAUACUGAGACUGCAUGAUCUAUUUAUGCAGUCAUUAAAAAGACAAAAAUACCAUAGACAGAGUGGAGAAAAGAAAGACAGAUUAAGUUUCUUCUCUGGAUACUGCUAUGGUGAUGAAGCACAACUUGGCAAUCAGAGCUCAGGUUAGGAACUAGACAACUUAAGCCAACACUAUUUUGCCAGUAAAUGGUUUCUUGUUUACACCUGAAUUUUGAUUACUUAAUAUACAUCUCUAAACAAAUUGUGUAUGUGUAAUUUUGCUUUUGACAUAUUCUGUUUUCCUCAUCCAACCAAUGAAUUGAUGGGUAAAAUUUAGACAGUGAAAAGUUUCUAAAGUGAAUCUGAAAAUGGAGAAUCUUACUGCCUCUCCAUCAUCCACCAGUGAUGUAUUCCUCUCAAAAGUGUAACAUGGGCAUUUUCUAUGUUGAGUAUUAUAUUGUCAUAAAGCAUUUCAAUUGUUAAAGUACUCAUUCUCUUAGUACUUUCAUAGUUUGUUGAUUGCCUGUUCCCUAAUACUUGACCACUGCAUUGUGAUAUAUGUGAAUGUAUAUAUAAGUAUUUCAGAUUUGCCACAGAAUAUACCAUUGUUAGCGUAAAUUAUGAUCUAUUUAUCAGAAAUUGCACACAAUAAAAUUGUUUUCAAUCAUAAAAAAGGAACAUAAAGACAGUUAUAUCCAUAAUACAUUAUAGAAAAGCUGGGGACAUCCUGUUUUUAAAUUCUUUUUUAAGGUGUUAUCUUCUGAUAAUAAGGAUGCUUUGUAUUUUUCUAUGACCUAAGUUGCAAGAUAAUUUUCCAUUACUGACUUCUAAACACAUUUAUUUAGAUUGUUAUUUUUAUUUAUGAAUGACAUACAUGCAAAUUUAAAAGUCCAAUGCCUGAUACAGUCUUAUUUUUCUAAGGAAUAAACAAGUCUGAUGUGUUUACA